AUGAACAAAGCGACUUAUGACGAUUCUUUAAAGAAUGAUAUUUUUAAUAUUUGUAAUGCCCUGGGAGGUUUUGAAAGGGUACAAAAUAAAGACGGCAGUGACAAAAAAAUCUAUCGACUUGGAGAUGAAUGUUUAUCUUGUCUUAAAGAUUUAAAAGAAUACCUUCGACUAGAAGGGCAAGUUAAGAUUGACGUACUACAUUUACUUUAUAGUUACGAGACUUUCAAUACGGAUUUAAUACCUAUUUUAUUGAAUUGUACAAACCUUGAUGAUAAACGUCAGAACCGACUGGCUUUGGCUUGCGUUGAAUUGAUGGUAAUCAUGACAUGGCCUGAAGAUCCGAAUGAACAGGCUCGAGAUAUGUUGGAAAGAGAAGAUGAAGAAGACGAUAAUAGUGAUAUCGGUGGUAACAUUGAUAAAAAACUCGAAGAAUAUAAUAUUAGAAAGCGAAAGGAGAAAUCAUUUUCUAAAAUAAAGGAGCUCUUAACCGCUCGAUCAAGGUAUAAAUUUUACGUUCUAAAAAAAUCGGAAGUCAUGCGACAAAUUUACCUAUUGCUUGAGAAAUAUCUUGUUGUAGAAUCAAAAGAGAGGUCUGAACGUGAUAACAACAUAAUUCGACAUUUACUUAAUUUUUGUCGGAAUUUAUUGGCAAUCGAUGAUCCACCAAAUUCUGAAAGUCUCUCAAAGAACAAGAGAAGUCGGAUACAUUAUGACCUGAUCUUAGAAUUUAAAAAUACGAAACUAAUUGACCUUUUCCUUAAACUCUCGACAAGUAAAGAUGAUGCUCUCGAAUGGGAUAUUAUACUUAUUGAUAUUUUCUAUCAGAUUUUCUUUGGAGUCAACUCCGAUAGUUUAUUUAUGGAUAUUAAGAAGGAAACGAUGUGGAAAGCACAAAAAUUAUUAGAUGAAGAAUUGGCCAAAAAGGAAAGGCGUAAUAAUGUGAAUCCACAUUACAAAGGUUCGGUUUGGAUUAUAAAUCCUGAUGGUCCUGACCUUGUUGUGCACAAGCAGAAGGCGUUAAAAGGUGAUGGUUUACAAGCAUUGGAUGACGUAAAGAAAAAGAAGUAUGAGAAAACAAAACCAUUUGAUGAAUUUGACAAGUCAAGGAAACAUCAAAUUCUUAAUUCUCACGUACAGGAUUGUUUAAAAUAUAUCGCGUUAUUCUUUCUUGAAAAUGGAUUUAAAUUUUUGUUAAGAUCACUAAAGAAGGACUUGAUCAAUGGUGAAUACGAUGAGGUUCCACAAAUUAUGGUACAUUACUCAUAUAUAGUGUGUUAUUUUCUUGAAUUACGAUUGUUAUUGAAAUCCAAGGAUAUACGUGUUCCAUCAUCACGAACGGAAUCGAACUCAAAGGAUCUUCAUGAUUUUGAGAUCGUCUCCAAAAUAAUGGAUGGGGAUGGAAUUAUGUUGGCGUAUAGAAUGAUAAGAUCUUUGAGAGAGAAAAAGUUAUGGUCCGAACUUCAUUUUGUAGUCGAAUAUUUAAAACAAAUUUUCUUGACCAUCAAAAUGUUGACAUUAUCAAAAGACGUGUGUGAAAAAUGGGUCGCCGAUGAAUUGCAAUUAGAGAUUUAUCGCGAAUUGAUGAACUUGGAAUUAAUUACAGAACUUGUUAGAGAAUACAAACCUCAUUCUCAUUCAAUUGGAUACUUGCAGAGUGUAAUCGCUGCAGCUCACGUGCUUUUACAUUUGCUCGAGAAAUACUCGAAAUCAAAUAAAUAUAUGGAAUGUAAGAAAUCGCGACCUCGGAAAAGAAAGAAUGAAAAGAGUCAUACAACCGAAGAUAAUUUUGAUUCAAAAGUUGCUGACGACUACCGUGACGAGAGUAGCGAGAAUGAACAAAAUCAGAAUAUUAAUUAUAAAGCCAUAUUUGAAAAGGUUGAAAAUAAAUUUGCGAAUGAAAUUAUCGUUAAAAAUUAUGUCAUGUUGUUAGAAGAAUAUCAAGAAAUUGAUUCCGAAACCAUAAAACACAUUACGAUGAUGUUCUUUCGGAUUGCCAGGCAUUGUCAUUUAGAGGCUAUGUUCUUUAAGCUUUCGAUUAUGGAAAUUUUUUAUCGUAUAUUAAAUGAUUAUUCAAGCACCAAAAAAAGUUUGACUUAUCCUCAAAAAGAUUUGAAAAAUUUUAUUGAAUGGAUAGUUAAUAAGCUUAUAAUUCAAUUUGGGAAAAGUCCAUUGAUGUAUGUUGAACUUUUAUUCCCCAAAAACAUCAGUGAUGUGAAUUUACUUCAAAGUGGAUAUGGAUACGAUAUAGAAACUAAAAAACAAUCAGGUAAUAAUAUAGGAAAAUUCAGAGAAUAA